ACACAUGGCGGGAGGAUGAAAGAGUUCUCUUUAAAGCAGCAGGCGUGUGUGUGUUUCAUUAAAGUAACGAAUCCCUUCAGGCUGAAGAAUCCUUCUGUGUCGUGUGCUGUAGUGUGUGCUGAAGCAACCAAUCCCAUUGAUGUACUGAAGACUUUGGACCUAUCGGAUUCCAUGGAGGGCGUGUCGUUGGAAGCGGGGCUUUGUGUAAGCAGGCAGGGCUCAGAGGAGGCGGAUCUCGCGUAUAAGAUUGACAAAAAAAUUCAAGUUAGCAUCCCCACCAAACAGCUUUUCCCAGACUCAGAGUUUCCUGUGGACUUCUCAGUGAUGGUGACGGUGCGGGCGAGACGCGGCGCUCAGUGUUUUCUCCUCUCGGUGUACAACGGUGAGGGUGUGCAGCAGUUGGGUGUCGAGCUCGGACGCUCUCCCGUCUUUCUUUAUGAAGACCACAACGGUCAGCCCACCCCUGACCUCUACCCUGUCUUCAAAAAGUUCAACCUGGCCGAUGGCAAGUGGCACAGACUGGCGUACAGUGUGGAAGGUCAGAAGGUCACGCUCUUUCUGGACUGUCAGGAGGUGGCGACCCUUGACCUCCCCAGAGGUGAGAAUCCUAAGGUCAGCACUGAGGGAGUGACUGUGUUCGGCACCAGACUCCUGGAUGAAGAAGUGUUUGAGGGAGAGAUUCAGCAGUUGUUGAUCGCUCCGGACCCAAGAGCUGCAGCCAAUUACUGCCACGCCUACAUUCCUGACUGUGACUCCGCCCUUCUUUAUAACAGCCUAUCACUGGACCCUGUGGAGAUCCAGAGACCCUCAAGAAAACCAGUUGAGGAAGACUUUGAUGACCUCUACAGUGACCUUUACAGUGACCUCGCUGUGACCUCAACGCUUUCACCAGUAGACGACACUGAGUAUGAGGUGGUGGAGUAUGAGGACUCUGAGAAUGACACAGAAUAUUUUAAGGAAUACACAGAAUAUCAUGAGUAUGACUAUCGGCCGGCAGAGAGAGAAGAACAGAUUUACAAUGGACAGUCUUCACUCAGUCCAGAGAAAGGGCAGAAAGGAGAGGCGGCAGUGUUAGGAGAGGGCACUCUGGUUGUGGGACCUCCUGGUCUUCCCGGUCCUGAGGGUGAGCCGGGUGAAGCCGGGCCGAUGGGUCCUCCAGGACCAAUGGGAGAUCCAGGAGACCUGGGCCCUGAGGGUCGUCCAGGACUGGCAGGGGCUGAUGGGAUACCUGGUCCUCCAGGCACUCUGCUCAUGCUGCCGUUUCAGUUUGGUGGUGAUGCUAGUCAAGGGCCGGUCAUAUCAGCUCAAGAAGCUCAAGCUCAAGCAAUCCUACAGCACACAAAGCUGUCUUUGAAAGGUCCACCCGGACCACUGGGACUCAUCGGACGUCCAGGUCCACUGGGUCCUCGUGGGUUGCCAGGUCUUCCAGGACAGAAUGGUAAAAUAGGGAAAAGAGGCCGUGGAGGGAGUGAUGGAGGCCGAGGUGAACCGGGUGAAACAGGAGCUAAAGGUGACAGAGGGUUUGAUGGGUUACCGGGUCUUCCUGGAAACAAAGGUCACAGGGGAGAUCCAGGCAAGAAAGGGCCAGUCGGUCCACCAGGAGGCCCUGGAGAAAAAGGGUCAGACGGGCAGUCGGGUCCAAGAGGUCAGCCAGGAGAGUCUGGUCUGGCGGGGUUGACAGGAACGCGGGGUCCACCCGGCCCUCCAGGGCUGCAGGGUAUCCGUGGAGUUGAUGGACCUCAGGGCUCGAAGGGAAAUCUGGGACCCGCUGGAGAACCUGGAGCACCAGGACAGCAGGGAAACCCAGGAUUCCAGGGUUUUCCAGGACCUCAGGGAGCGAUUGGAUUACCAGGAGAAAAGGGACCACAGGGGAAGAAGGGAAUGAAGGGGUUACCAGGUGUGGACGGUCCAUCGGGUCAUCCAGGACGAGAAGGACCGCCGGGAGAGAAAGGCCUGUCGGGUGCAGCAGGUGUUCAGGGGCCUGUGGGAUAUCCUGGAUCCAGAGGAGUCAAAGGUGCUGAAGGGCUCAGGGGAGUGAAGGGCAGUAAAGGAGAGAAGGGUGAAGAUGGUUUCCCAGGAGCAAAAGGAGAAAUGGGUGCUAAAGGAGACACUGGAGACUCAGGGGCUCUAGGUGUGCGUGGUGAAGAUGGUCCUGAGGGUCCUAAAGGUCAGAGUGGACCUUUGGGUGAAGCUGGACCCGCGGGCAUCGCUGGAGAAAAGGGGAAACUGGGGGUUCCGGGAUUACCUGGUUACCCAGGCCGUCAGGGUUUGAAGGGUGGUGAUGGUUUUCCAGGACCUGUGGGACUUCUAGGUGAAAAAGGGAAGAAGGGUCCACCGGGUCCUGCAGGGGCCGCCGGUCAGAGGGGUCCGAAUGGUGCUCGAGGAGGGAGGGGUGCAAGAGGUCCCACUGGCAAAUCAGGAGACAAGGGGUCUGCAGGACAUGACGGCCCUCCAGGACCCACAGGAGAGAGAGGGCCACAAGGACCUCAGGGACGAGUAGGAGAGACGGGUCCCAAAGGGCCUAAUGGGCCUGCUGGGAAGGACGGUCUGCCGGGUCAUCCGGGCCAGCGGGGGGAGCCGGGUUUUCAAGGAAAGACCGGACCCCCGGGACCCACCGGUGUGGUUGGACCACAGGGUAAUACAGGAGAAACAGGACCGAUGGGUGAGAGAGGUCACCCGGGACCCCCAGGACCCGCUGGAGAGCAUGGUUUACCUGGAGCCGCUGGGAAGGAGGGUGCAAAGGGUGACCCUGGAGGUCCAGGCACUUCGGGCAAGAGCGGUCCACAGGGUCUGAAAGGUUUCCGUGGUAGUCGUGGAGCACCGGGUGCCAUGGGGUCGAUUGGAUUGAAGGGAGGGGUGGGGCCUGUCGGACCCUCGGGACCUGCUGGACCCACAGGUGAGCGAGGACCGGCUGGACUGGCCGGUGCGAUCGGUCAGCCUGGACAGACUGGAACCGUCGGUGGAGCUGGACCAAUGGGAGAGAAAGGAGAGCCAGGAGACAAGGGUCUGAUCGGACCCGCGGGUCAGGAUGGAGAACAGGGUCCUGUGGGUUUACCAGGAGCUGCAGGACCUCCAGGACCCCCGGGAGAGGAUGGAGAUAAGGGUGAGACGGGGGCUCCAGGACAGAAAGGCAGUAAAGGAGAUAAAGGAGAAUCUGGUCCUGCUGGUCCAGCUGGUGUUCAGGGACCCGAGGGACAGCCGGGAGCUCCAGGUGUGGACGGAGAGCCCGGGCCUCCAGGACAGCAGGGCAUGUACGGUCAGAAGGGAGAUGAAGGUCUCAGAGGGUUUAAAGGAUCCAGAGGACCGACGGGUUUACAGGGAAUGCCAGGUCCUCCUGGAGAGAAAGGUGAAAGUGGACACUCUGGUCUGCUGGGUCCUCCGGGUCAGUUUGGGCCGAGAGGAGCUCAGGGACCCUCUGGUGGACAGGGUCCUCCUGGUCGUCCUGGAGUGCGAGGUCAGCCCGGUGCUGUGGGUGAGAAGGGUGAAGAGGGUGAAUCUGGAGAUCCUGGACCUGUGGGAGUUUCCGGAGGCACAGGCGAGAAGGGGGAGAUGAGUGAGAAAGGAGACACGGGACCACCAGGAGCUGCAGGUUCACCUGGAGCCAGAGGACCAUCAGGAGAAGACGGAGCUAAAGGAAAUCUGGGUCCUAUUGGUUUUCCUGGAGAUAUGGGUGCUCCUGGAGAGCCGGGUGUGAACGGCAUCGACGGCGGCGCGGGAUCUAAAGGAGAUAACGGAGAUCCUGGAAAACCCGGACCACCAGGAGCCUCUGGAGAGCCGGGACCACCAGGAAGACCAGGACGACGGGGUCAUCUAGGUCCUCAAGGAAAGGAGGGGCGUCCGGGUCUGAAAGGAGAUAAGGGUGCUCCAGGAUAUGAGGGUGUUCUGGGGAAGCCUGGGCCUGUGGGGGGUCAGGGGAACCCGGGGAAAGCCGGACCUCAAGGACUUCCAGGAAUACCUGGACCAGCGGGGGAACAGGGGUUGAAUGGACCUCCAGGUCAAACUGGACCUCCUGGACCCAUGGGCCCAGCGGGACUCGCAGGACUGAAGGGAGAUCCUGGCAAGAAAGGAGACAAGGGUCAUGGUGGUCUGAUUGGUCUGAUCGGUCCUCCGGGUGAGUUUGGAGAGAAAGGUGAUCGGGGACUGCCAGGAAACCAGGGACCACAGGGAGUCAAGGGCGACGAGGGUCCAAAUGGACCUCCAGGAUUCAGCGGACCACCUGGACCACCAGGACUCUCUGGAUCUAUGGGACAGAAAGGAUCUAAAGGAAACCAGGGCCCUAUUGGACCGAGAGGAGACCCCGGUCCUGCAGGACCCCCUGGAGCACCAGGUUCUCCUGCAGUACGAGUGGAAUCUCCUCUGGGAUUGGAUGGAAGCAGGAAGAGGAGACAUUCUGAUGUAGAUGGAGCAGCUGUGGAGGAUGCAGAGAUGAUGAUGGAUGAUGAUGAUGAUGGUGAUGGAGUGAUGCAGGAUGAACGUGUUCAGGUGGAGGAGAAGAACAUGGAGGAGGUGUUUGCAUCUUUGACUUCUAUGAGAACAGAUGUGGAGGGACUCAGAACUCCACUGGGCACCUAUCACAGUCCAGCACGCACCUGUAAAGAGCUCUACAUGUGUCACCCUGAAUAUCCUGAUGGUGUGUACUGGAUUGACCCAAAUCAGGGUUGCCAUAGAGAUGCUUUUAAAGUGUUCUGUAACUUCACAGCAGAAGGUGAAACGUGUUUGCAGCCUCACAGCAGCUUACAGGCGGUCAAGAUGUCGUCCUGGAGUAAAGAGAAACCAGGAACCUGGUACAGCCACUUCAAGAAGGGCUCACAGUUCUCAUAUGUAGAUGUGGAUGGGAACUCGAUUCAUGUGGUUCAGUUGGGUUUCUUGAGGCUGUUGAGUGCGACAGCUCGUCAGAGUUUCACAUACGUGUGUCAGAACUCAGCCGGCUGGCUCGACAGCGCCUCCCUCAGCUACAAACACGCACUGCGCUUCAGAGGAGCCAACGCAGACCAGCUGACACAACAAAACACACACUAUAUACAGCCAACAUAUGACGGCUGCCAGUGGCGUUCGGGUCAGGAUCGGACGGUUCUGUUGGUUGAUGCGCCGCACACUGAUGGUCUUCCUCUCAUGGACGUGUCUGUGAUGGAUUUUGGAAAGUCAAAGCAGAAGUUUGGUUUCAGUGUGGGAAGCGUCUGCUUUAACGGUUAAAAACUCUCACAGCCCGACUCUUUAUUCAUCACUGCUGAGCAUUCAUCACAUCAACAGGAAGUUGUGCUGGAAGGGUGAUCAUGUGACCUCAAGACUAACAAGUGCACUGCACAAACAUUUACUUUGACACAGAUUCAGUGCAGGUGUUGUUGUUGUUUACCAGAAUCAAACCUCAUGAAAUCAUGUUUAUUGUGAUGUGAAUGAUUUUGGAUGUAUAUUUGUGUGUGUGUGUGUGUGUGUGUGUGUGUGUGUGCGUGCGUGCGUGCGUGCGUGCGUGCGUGUGUGUGUGUUUAAUCCUGGUGCUACAUGACAUCCUGUUUUAACUUGUUUACAUGUAAUGAACUGUAUGUGAAUUCUGGGAGAAUGAAUAUUAUUGUUUCUCUUUGAGAAUAACUUCCUUCAGUCUGUUCAAAGGAAGAUAUUCACACGCUUGUUUUAUUGUUUAAUAUAGAUAUGAAAAUAUUACUUUUUCAAUUAAUAUAGUUUGGGAGGAGAGAUUUUCCAAAUAAAACGAUUUCUUAAAAACACUGAUUUGAGAAGAUGAUGU